GUUUCGAGUGGACGGUGCUCGAGCGAAUGCACUUCUUCCCCGUGAAAUUGAUGAAAUGGUGAACUGUCAACACCUCUAUAAGAUGAGAAUAUGAAUAUAAUUUGAAUUACCAUAAAGAAUAAAAAUCGGUCUGUUUGAAAGUUAAUUGUGACAAUUGUAAUAGGGAGAAAUAGUUCGAAGCCGAAAGGCCCCGGCUAAGAGCGAUGUCGGUUUUAACAUGCAAGAAAACAACGAAUGCAAAGAUCGUGGGUCUCGAAUGCUAAGUUCCUAUAAUAAUGGCAGAUAAUGUACACAGAAAAUCCCAUAAGCUAUCGGAUGGUAGUAGAAAAAUAUCGAAUCCAGUGCAUCGUACAACUACUGAGACGAUUCGGUUAGGAGAGCCAGAGAAACUGUAUCAGCCGGUUAGUUUGACUACUUCGAGCAACGUGACGGCCAGUAACCAGUGUCGGAAAAAGACAUCGUCUUUCCAGAUUACAAGCGUUACUGUUGGUUCUCGUAUGAGCAAUGAUGCCGGUGAAGAUUCAAAUGAUGAUCUUGAUGAAUCGCAUACGGAGGACAAUUCGGUCGAACAUUCGCGUAUUACCGACAUUGAUAUUGAAACGCCUAGCUAUUCAGAAGAUACUUUCUCCAAAGAGGAUGUAUUUUUUAAUACCAGUAAUGCUGCCCUCAGCACUGCUCCGGUGAUUCCUACAAGUUCUCAGUAUGGUUUGGCAAUUGUUCCCUCUGAAGGAAAUAAUGUCAGUAAUUCGGUAAAUGAUAGCAAUAUCAAUACUUUGGAUAUUACAUCUGUUACCGACAACAACAUUAUCAAUUUACUUUCAAGUAAUGUUAAACAAGAUGCAGAUUUACGUGAAGUACAUUCACAUGGUAGAAAUGAGAGAUUCAAAGUUGUUAAGAUUGAAAGUACUGAACCAUUUAAAAGGGGCAGAUGGACUUGCAUGGAUUAUUUGGAUCAUACAUCAGUCAAUCAACCAACAGCAAUCAGUACACCAAAAGUAUCAGAUCCAAAUGAGGUAUGCAUAUCAUAUGGAGUAACAGAUAGUGGAAUUGUUAUACCUGAUGCACCUAAACAAUCAAUUGUAUCAGAAGAUAAAGGUAUGGGCAUUGAUACUAAUGGACAAGUAUCUGCACAUGCAGAUGUGCAUACAUCAAUUGGUGUACCAAAUAAUUCUACAUCUGUUUCAAGUGCUAAUUAUGCAGUAAGCAAUUCAAUUCCUCCCAAUGCGCAGCAUAAUCCAACGCAAGUUCAAACACAAACUAAUGUUCAGGCACCUUCGCAAAUUCCUCAAUAUUUUCAAUCUUCAGCUCAACAAUUGGCAUCUCAACAACAACAGCAAAGUGGCCAGGGUUCCACAUUACCUUCUAAUCUACAGCCAACUCAUCCCAAUAAUUUGACUCAACCUCAAAGUAUGCCCCAAGGUUCUAUUCCUAUUAUAACACAAACUGGUAGUAGCAAUGUAACAUCUCAACAAAAUAUACCUCAUUCAAAAGAAGAUACAUAUGUGACAGUGAGCACACAAAAUCAAUCAUUACCAGUCCAAAAUGUUUGUCAACCUUCUGUGCAGCAAACACCUGUACCAACAUCACAGGCACCUAAUAUUCUAGUUUCGCAACAACAACAACAUGCUCCUCAACAACAGCAACAACAACAUCCUCAAAAUCAACAGCAACAACAACCACAGCAGCAGCAACAACCUCAACAAUCAAUACCUAAUCCAAAAACAAUGACUCAAAUAUCUGAGCCAUUGACUGCCAUACAAGGAAUGCAGAGCAUCCAAAAUAUUCAUAAAGUUCCUCAAACAGGUGCACAACAAACAUCAUCAACUAUUCAUGCUCCUGGUGCACCAGUACAAUCUCAAGUGAUACCAUCAUCUCAAAUACAACCAACAACUUCUGGUAGUAAUACUCAAGUACAAAUGGCACAAGUAUCAGCUAGCUGCCAAAAUGUUGUAGGUGGUAUGCAACAGGGAAAUAUGACAUUUCAUCAACCAGAUCCGGAACAGGAUUCUAUUUCAGGGAUUGUAGCUGGAUCCACUACCCAAUCUGCUGAUACUACUCUUUUAGAAUCAUUAACCGAAGUGACUCAAGGCAGUGAUGAACAUCAUACCCUCGAAGAUAAUGAAAGUAUGUCGGGGACUAGCGCUGUAGCAAUUGAUAAUAAGAUUGAGCAAGCCAUGGAUCUUGUUAAGAGUCAUUUGAUGUUUGCUGUACGAGAAGAAGUUGAAGUACUCAAGGAAAAAAUAGCUGAGCUUAUGGAUCGUAUAAAUCAAUUGGAAGCUGAAAAUUCAAUUCUGAAAGCACACGCGACUCCAGAAACAUUGGCUCAAUUGAACCAAUCAACAGCAAAAUUACCCCAAAACAAUUCAGGAAGUGGUCAAUAGGUAACCAUUGUACAUAAGUUUCUAUUAAUACUUUGUCAAGUACAUAACGGAUAAUAUAAUUAUUGUAUAUACCUUUACGAUUUUUAGAAAUUUAUAAACAAUGAGAUUUAUUAUAUUAUACAUAUUAGCAUUAGUAAUCUUUUUUUUAAGUAAAUUAAAGAUAAUAGAUUAUUUUUUACUAUUUCAGUUUACUGUUUAGGAAAUAUAUAUAUAAAUAAUAAUUUAAAUCUGUAAAUUCAAUUUUCUUUCAAAAUGAUAAUCAUUUUGGAUAUAUAUAUAUAUUGUUACGAUCUUAGACAGAAACAAGGACAUAUAUUGAGUGCAUGCCAAGAUUAAGCAGCAUAAGUAAUGGAGUUGAUAUUGUUUUAUGAUAGAUUCAAGAUUUUGAACAUGUUAAAAAAAAAGAAAGUAUAUAACAAUAUGAAAUAGGCAGCUAGACAUUCCUAGAUUAUUUUUCCUAUUACCUUUGCAUUUGGCCAAUUUCAUCCACCAUAAAUUUGAUUUAAAAAAAGAAAAUUCAACUUAAGAAUUUAAUGCUUGAAAGAUAUUUGUACUAUUUUAAAUUACUUGUGAUUUUAUGUUGAUAUUUUGUUAUCAUUUUCAUUCAUAAAAAUAGUUUUUACAUUCGCAAAACUAUGUAAUUUUCAUUAUUAUUAAAUAUCAAAUCUCUCAUAUUUUGUAAUUUGUCGUGUUGUAGUCUGAUUUUUAAAAUGAUAUGUAUUAUAUAUAAUCAACGACAUGCUGAAAUCCAGGGAAACAAUUAUUACUGGUAUGCAUUAAAAAAAAAAUCUACAACUUCCUGUCAACAUUUUAUGUUACAUCUUAACAUGCCUAAUAAAAAAUUUUUAAUUGUA